AUGUUUGAAAGAAAUGAUCUAUACUGGCAGGGUACUAGCAGAGAGGUCAUAAUGAUCAGAUCCGUCGCAAAAAAUGGUUCUUCUCCGGUAUAUAUUCACAUAUUUUUCUGCAGAGUUGAAAGUUCUUACAAUGAAGGCCCAUUCCUACAUCUCGACGUUUCAAAUGCGAUUACAAACGAAACCUUCGUAGAUGUCGACCUACAUCACCAUGGAAAACGUCGCGGAAAACGAAAUCGACUUUUAUAUCUCUCACAUGCCAGAGAAACAAAAGCAAAGUUCAUCUCCUUGACAUGCCAUAACAACCCAAAUAAGCAAUGCUUAGUAGUUCAGUCAGACUGGGCAAAUAUAGUUAUUCAAGGCUCGACUUUUUACAACCAAUCUGUCGAUUCCAAAAAGUCAGGUUCUUGCUUGUCUCUAGCGGCUAAUAUUAAUGCAUCUUUAAGAAUCGUGAACUCUAACUUCCAUAACAAUGAAGCUGGCGCCGGCGGAUCAAUUUUUGCCAAUAGCAGACAUGGAGUUCUAAAAGUCUUUCUUAUCAAUGUAACAUUCAGUGAAUGCAAAGCUGCCAGUUAUGGAUGCGUGAUAUCCAUUGGAAGAACCGCUCAAGACCCGCCAGAAAGACAUUGGGGUUCCCACAGGUUAUAUUUUACUCUCAGGAAUGUAACUGUUCAACAAUGGGAGGGAAAUCAUGGAAACAAAACACCAAGGUGUAUGGCUGUAGACGUUCUGCUCAAUGGCGGAAUUGUGAUAUUCGAGGGAUCCACGUUUACGAAGAAAAUGUUAUCAAGAGGCGAUGGAGCUUUCAAGCUGGUUACCACUGUAGAUGAGAGUAACAUUACAAUUUCAAACUGCAUUUUCAAGGACACUUCUAUGGACGCAACUAGAGGAACGAUUGUCUACACGGCCUCCGCAAACGGAAACGCAGGGAUGGUUACAUUUUCGAACAGUUUCAUGGAAAACAAAAACAACAGAAAAAUAGCUUUGUCCAUAAGUCCCAAAUACCACAUUAAACUAUUCAACGUGACAUUCAAGUCUCUUAAAUAUGGAUUACAAACAGUAUCAGCUCCGCCAAAAAACGAUUCUUUUCCAGUAGAUAUUUUCAUUGAUAACUGCUCCUUUAUCGACAAUACACAUGAUGCCAUGUUUACACUUCUUAGUCCAACAUCAGUCCAAAUAACCAUUAAAAACACGCUAUUUAGCACCAGAAACGAAAUAGUAAAACGGGACCAAAGUGAAUACGGCUAUGCUAUCAGCCUCUUCAUCCCACCACUUCGAAGUAUUAAUUCUUCAAAGGCAGUGAUCCAACUUGACAAUAACGAAUUCUACCACAGAUCGGCCCGCUUUUUUACUCUGUUAUUCGAAGGCUUCAAAAACGUGACAGUUAAACACUCUUCCUUUCGUAAUUGUCGUGCCAGUGCCUAUAAACCCGAAUGGGAUCAAGGUGAAACUGGUUUAAUUUACGAACCAACCGCCGGCGCCAUCUCUAUCCUAUUCAAUCCAGACAAACCGUUCAGUCUGGGAUGUGUGAAAUCCAAAAGCGCUAAUGACACACACUCUUCAUGGAACUAUAGUAGCCAUGUGCUCUUUGAAAAUACAAAGUUUGAAGAGAACUUAGGAAUUGAAGUUGGGGCUGUACAUAUCAGAAAUGGCUUCACGAAAUUCCGAAGAUGUGUGUUUGUCAACAACUUUGGCAUUCAUAGAAGUGAACACGUUCAUUCUGCAUAUGGAACUGGCCGCGUAAAAUUCGAACAUUGUUCUUUUUUGAAGACAAUGAAAAUUGCAACAAUUUCAGACGGCUCACAAUUUGAUAAAGGUGUCUUCAUUUACUCUGAAAGUGGAGGUCCCUUGAUAUUUAAAAACACAUCAAUGACCUCACUAAGAUUUAACAGGAGCUCUUAUCCGAUUGUCGACAUUUCUAGUGGGGGCUUUGUUCACAUGGAUGAAAAGUCCAGUAUGAAAUGUAAUGAAGGAGAGGCUCUUAUACGCAGAGAAAAACAAGAGCAUUUGUGUAUUGAAUGUUACCGUUCUGAAAUAUUCGUGCAAACCCUGCCAUCCGGGCUACUACAGCCUUCAGAAGGGGGUCUCCAAAGGCUUAUUGAUAACCUCCAGGGCUGA